AUGGGAGUCUGUUGCAUCAAUCCUAAUAAGAACCAAAAGGAUUAGAGUGUUAUUAUCUUGUUAUUUCUUAGCGAAGAAAGUUAAAAGGCUGUAAAAGAAUAAUUCAAAGAGAUAUUAAACUUUUCAUUUGACAAAUUGAUGAUAUUUUCAAAUUAUAAAUAUAAUCAAUAGAUAUUAUUUGUUACAAAUGGCAGAAAUUUAUCCUCCCCUGAAGAUGUUAACCUUUAUUUAAAAAAUUGUAGUUUAGAAGGGAAUUUAAGAUAGAUUAUUGUUUUAUGUGAUACAAAGACAUUCAAAGCAGAUUUCAAUAAAUUUAGUUUUGUGAAAAGAUUAUAAUAGGAUAGUUAAUUGAAAGGUAUAACAAGUUUAUUUUUCCUUAUUCAUAUGGUAGAUACUUUUACAAAAAGAGAUUUAACAAACCUAAAUUUACUUGCUCAUAAUGUUUAGAUAGUUCAAUAAACAGAGUUAAAAGAUUCAUUUUAAAAAACUUUUGAAUAAUAAAACUAUUCUAGUCCAUAAUUAACACUUAAUCUUUAAUAACCCAAGCCUUGUGAAAAAUGUGUUGAAAUGGUUUAACAAUUUAUUAAUAACAAAAAAAAAUAUAAUUCAAUUCCUACCUCUUGUAGAAUUAUUGAUUUCUAUUUUGAUAUGUUGAUUGAUAUUCGAAAUUAAGGCAUAUACUAAUAAUGUAAGGCAUGUAAUAAGAUAGCUGAUAAAACACUAAAGAAUAGAAAUGCUCUUUAUUGUAAAUUUAAUAUUGAAAUUAUAAAACUUUUAAAAGAAUUUACAGAUUAUGUCUUUUAAAAAAUUGAAUAAUUUUACAAGUAAUUUUUAAGUGAGAUAAAAUGUUGCGUCAAUUGCAAAACAAUCGUCUUUGUUACCUUAAAUAGAUAUGAAAAAAUCGAAUUUUUCUAAAAUUUACAAUUUCGUUGUCUGGAAAUUUGCAAUUUUAAAGACAACAUUUAAGAGAUUCAGUAAAGAUAUAAGGCAUAGUUAGAAUUGUUUACAAUGAAUACAACUUUAUAAAACUUGCAAAAAAAAAUAUCUACUCCAAAGUAGACUGAAAUUCAACAAUAAUAAUUAAUUGAAAGGCAAGUGGACAAGCAUGAUUAAGAAUUGGGGAGUGUUAGUAAAGGUUAACUAAAAUAAGUUUCAAACCUUAAUGUUAAUUCUUAAUCUAACUCAGAAAUAUCUGAAAUCGAAAAUAAGCACAUUAUGCUUAUAGGAAAAAGCGGAGUUGGUAAAACGUCUAUUUCUCAUAAAUUGUCCUAAUAUGAAGAUUGUUGUUAAAAUGCAAUUUAGGGCUCAUUCAUUGUUAUUGACACUCCGCCUUUCGAACUUGUAGACGAACAGAAGAUGGCGAAUUCAUCAACGAUUGAUGAUUUUAGUAAUAUUUUUAGAACAAAUAAAAUAAGUAAAAUUUUUAUUGUUACAGAUUUUGAUCGAAUUGAUGUUAUGAAAAAAAAGAUUAUGGAAUGCUACAAAUUCUUAGAGAAGUUUUAAAAGAUACUCACUAUCAUAAUAUUGAAUCUCUUUACCAAAAAAGAGUUGAGACAGCCAUCACAAGAAAUGAUGGAAUUACAAAAUUAUUUUGAUUUGGAAUGCCUAUUUUUCAAUAUAACAGAUAAAGUAGAAACUUUCAGAGAAAAAAUAACAAAUACACUUAAUUCAAGCACUGAUGAUUAUUUAGAUUUAAGUGAUACAAAAUUUGAUAAAAAAAAAUAUCAAUUAAUAACAUCUCAAUAUGAAGAAAAAUUAAUGUUUAUGAAAAAUUAACAGCAAAUUUAAAAAAUUUAAGAAGAAAUUCAGAAUUUAAUUUAAAAAAACAAGGAAAAAGAAAAGUAAAAAAUAAAAAUACUUAAAAAAAAAAAAGAGUUGGAGAGUGAUAAGGAACAACUAUUAAAGUAAUUAUAACAAAUUUUUCAAAAAAUUGAAAAUAUUGUCGAAAAUCAAAAUGAAAUUGAAACUUAAGAUCAGAAAAUAGAUAAAGAAUAAAAAGAGUUAGAGAUGGAAGUGUUAAGGCUAGAGAAACAAAAGUUUGAAUUAAAAUGUAAAAAGAAUUGA